AUGAGAGUUUUACAUGAGGCGACUUGUUAUGUAACUGUAAUAAUACAUGCGGCUGCUACGAUAAAUUUUGUUGAACCUAUGAAGGUAGCAGCGUUGACGAACGUCCGUGGCACGAGAGAGAUGUUGAAGCUUGCCAAAGCUUGUAGUAACAUUAAGUCUAUAGUUCACGUGUCCACGGCGUACGCUAACGCUACCAGGAGUCGUAUCAAAGGAGAGGUGAUAGAGGACUUUUGUGACAGCCCAAUUAAUCCUGACACGUUGAUCCAACUUGCUGAAGAUGUUCCUGAAGCUAUCUUAGACGAGAUGAUAGCUCCACUUAUGCGAGAAUGGCCAAACAGUUACACAUUUUCAAAAGCCGUCACCGAAGCACUUGUAAGAAGUCAGACAGGACACCAAUUUGCAUCGUUCGGCCUGCUAUAGUUAUUGCAGCAUCCGAGGAACCAUCGCCUGGGUGGAUUGAUCCCAAGAGUGUUAUGGGGACAAGUGGG